CUUCAAGAUCCUCUCUUUUUGCUCCCUUUCCUUUUUUCCUUUUUUGUGUGUGCGUGUGAGCGGAGAGGAGAGGAGGAUGCGAGAACCUGGCGGCUCCACCUGAGGCCGGAAUCCGCGCAGGCAGGUCGGGAUGGAUGGGCGGCCGGCGCCGACCCAGAUUCCCCGCUCCGCACCGCUCACCGGCGCUCCAGGGAUGUGACGACGUCGCUCCCCGGCGAGGAUGGAGGAGACGGUGCGAUCCCUACUCCAGAAGCAGGACUCAUUGGAUGGCCCCGAGGUGGACCCACUGGACCUGAUGAAAGCAUACAAGGACAAACUUUUGGAGGAAAUGUGGAAGCAGCGGGACAGUUUGGAGGGUCCGCCGGCUUCGGAAACGGAGACGUCCAAAGCGCCGGAGGCCGGCGGCGGCCCGGAGGGAAGCGCCGACGGCGAUUCCGUGCUCCGACGACUCCGAGCUUUGGAGGCUGAGAACUCGGCUCUGUCCUUGGAAAACGACAACCAGAGGAGGCAAUACGAACGCUGCCUGGAUGAGGUGGCCAACCAGGUGGUCCAGGCUCUGCUCACUCAAAAGGACCUGAAAGAAGAAUGUGUCAAGCUGCGCACGCGCGUCUUUGACUUGGAGCAGCAGAACCGCAUACUGAGCGUCUUGUUCCAACAACGCCUGCGAAUGUCGCCGAGUCCCGCGGCGCAGGAAAUGCCAAGGAAUGGAAAAGUGUCUACGGAUGCAGGGAGGUGGCCCAGUCUCUUGAGUCUAACGUGCCCGCGCAGUAGCGCGAGCGGUAGCGAUCCGUCUCCGUCCGGCGCCGGUAACCGACACUCCGGCGGCUCGCACACGUGGGCCGAGGGACGAGGCCUGUCCAAACAGCGCGCCGCCGGUCGGGACAAGAGGACGAGCGCGGCCGCCGUUUCCGGCCAUCGGACGGACCUCGGCUCGGAGGGAGACCGCGUCCCGGAAGGCCUCGAGCGUCUUCAGACCUGCGUCUCGAAGGAGAAACCCUACCCCGGGUCCGCCACGCCACGCGAGGAUGGAGCGAUGUCGAACGAGGGCAUCCACUCGCCGGGCGUCAAGAGUAAGCCGCCGGGAACGACGGCCGAGACGGACAAAAACGCAAACAUGGGGAUCGUCGUGGCGGACCCCGUUGAGAGCGGCAACGACUCACGUGUGUCGCUGAGUCAGGAAUCCGGUGACAACGUGGCAGGAGGGGUCCUGACCGAAGAAGGGUCCAGAGAAUCUUUUGGGAACACCGUUUCGGACAACUUCGUAUUCUCUGCGGGCCCACCCGGGACCCUGGAAAAAGAAAGUCUCCACUCGCGAGAAGAAAGCCAGAACUUUGCCGUCACGUUGAGCGACGGCAACAACAACCGGGAAGGAUCCAGUGAGCGCAAAUCCCGGCUGGACCUCACGGACUCGGAAUCCCGAGCGGGGGGCGGGACCCCGGCCGUGCGGCAUUCUGCCGCCGGGGCUUUGAGCUGCGUGAGCGAAGCCAGACAGCGCAGCUCUUCGGCGGAGGUUUCUCACCCAAGCGACGGCGGGCUUUCAAGGAAACCCAAACAGCAGCUCUGCGACUCGGCCAGGAAGGCGUUCAUCCUGCGCAGCAAGAGCGCCGACGCCGGACCGGAACAGCACAAACACGUCCGCUCGCCGCUGCACCAAAACCUCAUCCCGGGGCACAAAUCCGGGAGCCCCGACAAAAGGCCCGGUCGCGGAAAAACGCUCAGUUCGGGCCACGAGGCCCGAAAAGACAAUGACUCGGCAUCCCCGACUUGCAAGUCUUUGGAGCGCGUACAACAGCGCUCGCCUCUCGCGUCGCCUGUCAAAAGCGCUUCGGUGACCAAAGCCGUCGAGGUGGAGGAAGAUUCAAAGGUUCCGGCGAGACAGCCGCCAUCCGCGAGAAUUGCGUCCGGCGUGGAGGAGCGCGCCGACAUCCGACACCGGGAGCGGCCGGCGGACCCGUUCUCUCCGGAACUCGGCUCUCCGUCCGCACCGACUUCGCUCCCGCUCGGAACCGUGUCGGACUCCGGACAUGCCGAUCGUCCUCAGAGCGCCACUGUGGGAAAGACUUUGUCGGGUCAACCGACUGGCUUUUCGCCAGACAAUCAAGCCGCCGAACCGGUCUUCGGCGUCCAAACGGCCGUCCCCGCUCUCGAAACGCGGGAUUUGGAAUCUGCCGUCGCUUACCGCGGCGGAAUGGUCGCAGCCUCUUUGUUACCAAGUCCCAAUGUCUUACAACGCACUCAGCAGAGCAUUAGCGAGCCAAAACUUUCCGAAGUCCCGCCUCAGACGUACUGCAACGUCUACUAUCACAAGUGCCAAAAUUCCGGGUCCAGGGCCGCAAAAAUGUCUCUUCCCGCAAACGCGAGAUCCCACGAGGCCAUCUCGGGAACAGAAAGCGGCGCGUUGGUCACGCUGGCUCGCCAGAACGGGGAUGAGCCGAGGGCAUCCGCGAAAGGCAUCCAAACCUACCAGACGUACGUUUGUGACCCCCGCGUGAUGAAUGAAGGCGGCGGAGCCCGGCAGAAGAUCGAGACCCGUUGCAAUUCCCUGGAUUCCGAGCCCUGCCGGCCGCCGGGAGGCGGGGCCAUGCCGGACUGGGGCUUCGACGAGGAGGGCUGGCUCUUCAAGCGUUCCGUCUCCGUGUCCACCAGACCCCCGCUGAGGCCGGUGAUGGGCACCAACGGGGCCAAGGCUCGAAGCCAGAGCUUCGGCGCCCGCUACGUGGACCGCCCCGGCUUCAAUCGGUCCGGCAAGGUGCGAACGCAGAUCAAAACGCACUCCGGGAGCUCCCUCAACUCCUUGGGCGACCUUCUCCCGGGAAGCGUGAGCUGCUCCGGUAGCUACCGCUGCACCGUGAACCGAUCCCUCCUGGACAACUUCCUCAUCGAGGAAGGCCUGGCGGUUCCCCCGAGUCCGGGCUCAUCCGGCGAAAGACUCCAGAGUCUUCAACUCCAACGGGAACAAGCCAAACGCCUUCAAAUCGAGCAACAGUUCUGCAGCGCCUUUGGAGAACCUGUCUGCGAAGAACCCCAGAGGCAGAAUACCAUCACCACCAUUGAGGAGAAGGUGAUGCUCGGCAUCGAGGAGAACUUGCACAAGUCUCAGGAGCAGGAGAGGAGCGGCGAAGUCAAGCAGAAAUCCGGAUCCGCCUUGGCCAACUGGUUCGGCUUUCGCAAGGGGAAGAUUCCCGCGCCCGGCGGCAAGAAGGCGGACGCGGCCAAGGCGAAAGAAGAGAAGAGGGAUCAGAAGAUGACCUCGCUGCUCGGGGGCAAGCAGACCAAGACGGACAAGAAGAGCGACCGGAGAAAAAGUGACCCCAAAGACUGCUCGGCGGGAAGGAGGGAGUCGCACGACGCGGUGCGCGCCUGCAUCGCCGUGCCUUGCCCGGGAAUGUCGCUUCACGACACGCAAGGACGCAUCCACGCCAUCGGGGACGUGCAGAGAACGGACGCUGGAAACGGAGCCCUGAUCAAGACCACCCUCCAGGAUGCCGUCAUCGGGUCCGGCCGGCAGAUGCGAACCUUGGACAGCGGAAUCGGGACCAUCCCCCUCCCCGAAUCCUGCUCCUUCUUCUCCUCCAUCCUGCACCUCCUCCCCAAGUCCCCGUCAUCGACCCCCGAACCUGAACCCGAGCCGCCUGUCGCUCGCUUUCCCGACUUCUCCGGCGAGGAGGCGUCCCCGUUGCCCCGGUGGAGGAUCCCCUCGGGUUUUCGGGACGAUCGCGCCGCGGCGCCUCCUUCUCCGUCCCACGUCCGGCCGCUGCCCUUCCCUAGCGUGGCCUUCCUCCGGCCCGUCCCGCCCCAACCUCGACCCUUUGUGACGUCUUCCCGUGUGUCUGAUCCCCGCGACGUGACCCAGAGACCCCCGCAAGGUGGAAUGGAACCAAAGAGGCUGACCUACAUCAAGACAAAGACCAGAACUCCUGCCAGCCAGCAGAAGGAGCAGACCAGGCUGCAGCUGGCCAACUAGCUUUGGACUCCAUUUGGCGAUGGGAAACUUUGGCAUCGGGACCGCUUUCCUUCCCACAAGCGCAAGAAAAUACCAGCGUGACACGUGCUGCUCUCUUGAGCGUCUAUCGCACAUCGCAACCGCCGUCGUGGUCACUUUCCAAGGGGGCCGUGCAAAUGUCUCCAGUGUGUUCUUUGUUGUUGUUGGUCCGCAGCGAUGACGUGAGGACAGUUUUCGCAUUGGAACGUUACGGAACUCGCUCAGGGAAAACGUGGUCAAUGUCUCUGAUCGACACUGAAGAGGAUUUGGGGCGCUUUUGUAUGUCUCCUAACACACAUUUGGAUGUGUGACGACUUGAUGUCAGUAUUUACCUCACGUGGGUUCGUCAGCCGCGCGCUCGGAUCCGAAAGGAUAGCACGCCCGCCGCUGGCUGUCUGCUCGCUUUCUCCCUUGAUGACGUCCGUCCAUAUGCAUCUCCUUUCUCGUGCUGUUUCGCUCUUCCUAUUUACAUUCCUUUGUCGCUGCCGUGGCCACUUUUAUGGGCUUUGCAGUCACUUCCUGUUUUGCUGACUUGCGCUCAACAAAAAAGUAUCUUGUUCGGAAAGCAUGCGGCGCCGUGCACAAGUUUUUGUUUUUAAGUUGACAUUUCAGUAGAUGGAUAUGUUUUGGUUUUUCAUUCCUGGGUGAUAAGUCCAUCUCGAGGUGGGCCCUCAGAAGACGCAUCCACUUCCGAGUUUGUUUCGAGUAGGAGGCCUAACAUGGCUACUUUGUACCAAAUUGGCCCACUUCCUGUUCCACGUGUCUAUGUUUACGUUGACAUUUUUGGGCGGGGGAUGUUUUUUGUUUCCCUGUGUCCCAUUUUUGCUGUCAUGUCUUUUCGUCGGGUUUUUGUUUCCACCUGUUCUCGUCAGUGCUGUCCCAUGUGUCGACCAAUCAGCCAAUCGGCUCCCUCCAGCGACUCGUAGCUUGUCCAGGUGUCCCUCAUCGACGUGUCACUUUGCUUCUGUUUAGUUGGCUGGCUUUGUCACUUCACUGUUGCUGUUGCAUGUUUUAGUUAUGUUGUUUCCUCAGAAUAUUGUUUCAGUGGGUUGUUUCUUUUUUUUUUUUUUUACCUGUGCGUUUGUCGUUGUUUUUACUUUGUUGGUUUUGUAUAUUUGAUACAUGCCUAUUUCGUUCUGGGGGAACUUUGUGUUUAUUUAAAUGUCCUUUUUUUGUUUCUCUCCGUUUGUGUCCACCUUUUACCUCCACAUGAUAAAAACUGUAGCACCUACAAAACACUUUUUCACCAGAAUACACUUGCUUGCAAAAAUCUGAGUUUUUGGGGCUGGGGUAGCCAGCCUGAAACUGGAGAGCCGGCAAGGCGCGAAAACAAUUUCCACAACUUUGCACGGGGUACUGCUGAGUGAGCUUUGUGGGGGGGGGGGGGCUGCGGUGAAUCGAAAAUUAGAUUCAAUGUGAAAAAGGAGUGGGAGAAAAUGGAUGGGUUUUGAGAAAUGGGUUUUUGGUCAUUGAGGCAGCCACCGCUCACUUUGUUAAUCACUUUGUUCGGCACCGUGUCGUUUACAUAUCAAUCCCGUCACUACUGGGCCAUAUGGAUAUUUUGAGAGAAGAUUCAAACUGUAGCGUUAGACCACUUAUUUACCAUGUUUAUUCAAACUAUGCUCACUUGCUAUGUGCAUGUUGAUAGAGGAAAAAAAAUAUCGCCGUGGCGUUUGUACCCGUAGCAACACAAAGGUCUCAUAGAUAAGUGAGAUGGUUUUUCAUUGAUCAGGGAAACCACCGGCAACAAUGACAUGCGGGUAGAUGGAACAUUGUUGUUGUGUUUAGGGGCCGGGGCUCAUUAUAAUGAGUAUGCAUAUUGUAUUUUUUUUCACAUUUACCUUGUAUUUAUUACACACCGCGUUGAUUAGUGAAUAUUUUUUAUUUAUUGCACAUUUAUUGUGAUUCUGCCUGACGUCGAUGUUUUUUAUGUAAUAAUCUGCGAAUCAGUGACGUUUUUUGUUUUUCGUGAUUGAUUCCUAUGCAUUUAUCACUUGUAUACAAUUCCAUAUUGCUUUGUUUUAUGUUGGCGUGGGGAAAAAAUAGGAAUAAAGUAUUUCAGUCCUUUUGACUUGAA